AUGGUUAUACUUAAUACAAUAGUUUUAUCAAUCAUUAUUAUUUUAACACUAUUAAUACUAAAGGAUUUUCUUUGUGAAGAAAGAAUUAAAAAAAUAAAUAAAAAUAUUCCUGGGCCGAAAGAAAUACCAAUUUUUGGUAAUUUGUUUGAUAUAAACUUUAAAAAUGUACCUUCAAGUAUUGAUAGAUUAUAUAGAAAGUAUGGACCAAUAUACAGAAUAAGAUGUGGAAAUGUUGAGACAGUGGUUAUAACUGGAAAUCAGUAUCUUGAAGAGUGUUUUAUAAAAAAUAAAUUCAUUUUUCAAGAAAGGUUUGUAAAAUUUAGUAGAAAAAUGACAAAGGGUUUAAAUAUUAUAUAUUCGAAUGGGGAGUAUUGGCACAGAAUGAAAAAUGUAGUUUUAAAAGAGUUAACUUUUAGAAAGAUAAAAAGUUUCCAACCAGAUAUUCAAAAACAAGUAGAAUUAUUAUCAAAUAAACUUAACAAAAAUGAAGAGAUUAUAGAAAAUAAUUUUGUAUUUUUAAUAAAUGAAAUGUUUUUAAAUAUCAUGUUGAACUUUGUGUAUGGAAAUUAUGAAGAUUUAGAAACUAAAAAAAAUUUGAUAAAUAUAAUAACUCGAUUCGUUAUUCAAACAGGACAGUUUGUAUAUUCAGAUUAUGUUCCAUUAUUGUUACCAAUAGAUAUAAUAAAUAUUACAAAAAGCAAUUUAAUUUCAGAUUAUUUAUUGCUUACUAACUAUGCCAAAAAAAUCAUUGAUAAUUAUGAUAAAAAUUAUGUAGAAAUAAAUAAUAAAGAAAUAGACCCUUUAAAUGAAAAAAGAAAAUCAAUGAUGGAAUGCUACUAUGAAGUAUACAAAUCAGGUGGGAUUAAAUACGAAAGUAUUAUUGGUGCAACUAUCGACUUAGUAUUAGCAGGUACAGAUAGUUCAGCGAAUAUUUUAUCUUUUAUUAUAGUUGCUUUAAUAAAUAACCCUGAAAUCCAAGAAAAAGUUCACUCAGAAAUUAAAAGCAAUUUAAUUAAUAGUGAUAUUACAAAUACUGAUCAUUUAAAAUGCCCAUAUACAAUAGCGGUUAUUAAAGAAGCACAUAGAUACUUUUCAAUUGGUCCUUUAUCCGAGUCCCAUCGAACAACGGAUGAUGUUGAAAUUUAUGGAUAUAGGAUUUCAAAAGGUACACAAAUUAUUCAGAAUAUAGCAUCUACUCACAAGUCUCCAGAAUUUUGGGAAGAACCAUACAAGUUUUACCCAGAAAGAUUUCUGAGACCACAUAAACCAUUAUAUCAUUAUGGCAUAGGUUUAAGAUCAUGUAUUGGAAAGAGUUUUGCCGAUUAUAUUUUAUUUGUAUCUCUUGUUUCUCUUAUUAAAAAGUUUAAAUUUAUUAAUCCAAAUCCAAAUAUUCCUAUCAAUGAAGAAGGUGAUGUUGGUGCUUUUAUACAUUGUAAAAAUUUUAAAGUUUUAAUAAAAAGACGUAAAUAA